CUUUCACUCAGAACGCUCCUGUGUCAGGCCGAUAAACUGUUAUCUUUAUUUUAACUUCACUGGGAACCACGCUUUGUGCGGGCGGAACAUCAGAGAAUUUUACUCUUUAGACACUCUUCAGCGCAACUUUUGAGCCAGAAAAGUGAUAUUAAGGAUUUUCCCUCCCUUAAUUGUUUAACUAUCGCGAGAUUUGACCACCCUCCGGGGCUGAAGCGCUGACUGUCUGACCGCCGCAGGGAGCCCGCAGCCCGGUCACUGCUCUGGAAUCCGCCCGGGAGCUCCACACCGGCCAUGGAGUACCUCAAGUUUUGUUUUAUACUUUCAUGCUGGUUGAAGUUUGCCAGUUCACUUUUCUCUUUUGAAAGCCGUCCACCUCCUAUUCUUAAAGAAAAAUUGCUUGUUUUAACUGUCGCAACGGAGGAAACGGACGGCUUCCUGCGCUUUAUGCAGUCUGCAAACUAUUUCAAUUACACUGUGAAGGUGUUAGGGAUGGGGACGUCAUGGAAGGGUGGUGAUGUGGGACACUCUAUUGGUGGAGGUCAAAAAGUCAAACUACUGAAGGAGGCCCUGGAAGGUUUGGCUGACCAGGAUGACCUUGUUGUCCUGUCUGUGGAUAGCUAUGAUCUUAUCUUUGCUGGAGGACCAGAAGAGAUACUCAGGAAGUUCCAACAAGCCAAUCACAAAGUGGUUUUUGCAGCAGAAGGACUGAUAUGGCCCGAUAAGCGACUAGCUGAAAAGUACCCCUCUGUUCGCAGUGGCAAGCGCUACCUCAACUCUGGUGGAAUAAUCGGCUACGCCCCAUACAUAAACAGAACUGUUUCACUCUGGAACCUCCAUGACAAUGAUGACGAUCAGCUCUUCUACACCAAAAUAUACCUGGACCCAUUACAAAGAGAAAACCUCAAUAUGACGCUGGACCACAAAUGUCAGAUUUUCCAGAACCUGAAUGGUGCAGUUGAUGAAGUGCUUCUCAAGUUUGGGACAAACCAAGUCCGAGUGAGAAACACAAUGUAUGACUCUCUGCCAGUGGUCAUCCAUGGCAACAGAAACACAAAAAUAUACUUGAACUACUUGGCCAAUUAUGUCCCCAAUGCCUGGAGCUAUGAACGGGGCUGUGGCCAUUGCGAUGAGAAUCUCUUGGAUUUCUCCCAGUUAAAAGAAUAUCCAAAUGUGUUUGUUGGAGUGUUCAUUGAGCAGCCGACUCCAUUUGUUCCAGAGUUCUUCCAGCGACUGCUCGCCUUGGAUUAUCCCAAAGAUAAACUUAAAAUCUUUGUACACAACAGUGAGGUUUACCACGAGAAACACAUCCAGACGUUCUGGGAGGAGAACAGGAAUGUGUUCAGCAGCUUCAAGGUUAUUGGACCAGAGGAAAUAUUAAGCCAAGGAGAGGCCAGGAACAUGGGCAUGGAUCUAUGCCGUCAAGAUUCUGCAUGUGACUACUAUCUCAGCAUAGACGCAGACGUGAUGCUCACCAACCGACAGACACUCAAGAUCCUUAUUGAGCAGAACAGAAAACUAAUUGGUCCUCUUGUCACUCGCCAUGGCAAGCUGUGGUCCAACUUCUGGGGAUCCUUAAGCCUGGAUGGUUAUUACGCCCGUUCAGAAGAUUAUGUCGACAUUGUGCAAAGAAAACGUGUAGGUGUCUGGAACAUUCCUUUCAUGGCUCAUAUAUACCUUGUCAAGGGCAGCACCUUGAGGCAUGAAAUGAAAGAGAGAAACUACUUUGUUCUGGAGAAACUGGACCCUGAUAUGUCUUUGUGUAGGAAUGCCAGAGAAUUGACCAGUCACAGAGAAAAAGACUCCCCUUCUCCGGAAUCAUUCCAUAUGCUCAGGCCCCCAAAGGGAGUCUUCAUGUACAUAACAAACCUGCAUGAAUUUGGGAGGCUAAUUUCCACAGCCAAUUAUAACAUUUCUCAUUAUAACAGUGACUUGUGGCAGAUAUUUGAGAACCCUGUGGACUGGAAGGAGAAGUAUAUCCACCAGAACUACACUCACAUUUUCACAGAGAACUACUUAGAGGAGCCUUGUCCAGAUGUAUUCUGGUUCCCGGUGUUCACAGAGAAGGCCUGUGAUGAAAUCGUUGAGGAGAUGGAGCACUAUGGUUCUUGGUCUGGAGGCAAACACGAGGACAGCCGUAUCGCCGGUGGCUAUGAGACUGUACCCACAGAUGACAUUCACAUGAAACAAAUUGGCUUUGAUAAAGAGUGGCUGCACUUCAUCCGAGAGUUCAUAUCGCCUGUCACUUUAAAAGUUUUCUCUGGCUACUACACCAAGGGUUACGCUAUAAUGAACUUUGUAGUCAAAUACACACCUGACAGACAAGCCUACCUGAAGCCCCACCACGACUCCUCCACCUUCACCAUCAACAUUGCCCUCAAUAACAAAGAAACAGACUUUCAGGGGGGAGGAUGCCGUUUCCACAGAUAUAACUGUUCUAUCGAAUCACCAAGAAAAGGCUGGAGCUUCAUGCACCCAGGGCGACUGACUCAUCUCCACGAAGGCCUGCCCACUACCAAUGGCACCCGCUACAUAGCAGUGUCCUUUAUUGACCCUUGAUCGAUUUGACUUUAGCCUUCUGACCAAGAUGUCCUUCUUUCUCAUUUCAUUUCGUCAUUCGAUGUUUUGUGCCUUUUCUUUUACAUUUUUUUAAAGCAAUUGAUAAUUGCAUUAUAAAGCUCUCUGUUAAACAGAGUGAAACGUGACAAAAGUAAUUCAUACUUUCUAG